AUGCAUAAAGUCUUGGUGCCCAAGCAAUCUGGAGCGCAUCGUGUGGCCUGCUUGUCGCUGUACCGAGCACUUCUCCAACAAUGUCGCUCUUCCAGCGAGACCCCAUGGCUAGCUGAGACUGAGAAUCUAGUUCGGCGCAACUUCCGGAAGUACAAGGCUUUACAGAGUCCAUCACAGACUGUCAAUGCUCUGAAGGCAGGCUAUGAGGCUCUGGACCUUAUACAUUCAUCGCGCACCAACCCAGUCGAUCGAAACAGGAUCACCCACAUGAUUUCCCAUGCUCAAAAGAAGAGAGACAGAUAUGCCCAAUUGCAAAAGCAAGUUCGGCAACUAGCGCCGCCUCCAGCACCUCUCACACCUAGAGCGGCUCGAAAAGCAGAGUCAAUUCGCUUCCAGAACGAAACCUCCCGACGACACCCCGAUGCCAAAUCAGUCCUGGAUCGGCCGCGGCCAUUGGGGGAGGGGAAAAAGCGACACAUCCCCGUCCUGGUGAACGCCCGGGGGCUUCCAUUCCUGCGAUUCAAAAAGCCGCAGCCAAGAAAUGUCAGCGGCGUAAUACGAGCGAAGCUCGCCAAUCGCUGGAAUUGGAUUCAACGUCGAGACGGGCUGCAAGUAGACUUGCUUUUCGCGCAGGACGAAGAGGCUUGGGAUCGCAUGACCGGGACCAAGGACUCUGGUGCUUGGCCUGAAGACAUUCAAAUUGCCAUUGAGGAUGCCAAAACCAAAAUCAACCAGUUCGACAUGAAAACAAAGGAUCUUGCGGACAAGAUGUGGAAGGUCGUCCUGGCUGAAAAAGCCCUGGCAGGGGCAGAGGAAAAAGCCCGGGCAGAGGCAGAGGAAAAGGCGAAACAGCCAGAGCAGUGA